GUGAAUCUAACACUGGCCCUGCUUGGUGGGUCCCCUGAAACCUGUUUGAGGCCUCCCCAAGGGCCCCGAACCCCUUGUUGAGAACCACUGGUUUAGAUAACCUGGGAAAGGAGGAUGGGGGAUGAGAGAACUACUUUGUUUGUUUUGGACUUGGAAAAACGGUGUUUAAGAAUGCUAGUUCCCAUUAUGGACCAUCCAUCCUGGAAAGUUGCGUUUGAUGAGUGGAAAAAAAAAAUCAUGGGAUUUUAAACUAGGCUUCCGAAAGUGGAAAUUUCUAUUUUCUCCAGUCAUUUAAAAGUGUCUGAAGCCCCCAAAGGAGUUCCUGGUUGGAAAACUAUUGCAGCUUUCAUCCUGGAGUGAAUUCUUAGUCAAGCUAUAAACCUCUGCAUGUUAAUAGAAAUGCUGACACCACUGGUCGAAGGAUAACACAGGGAGAAAAAACUGUAGUUUAUGCUAAGCUAAAAUUCCAUGAUUAAGGCGUGAAGCCCUUUGAACUCCUCAACUGAAAAUGAAGACAGUGUUUAUGGUUGCAGAGAAGCCUUCUCUGGCUCAGUCUAUAGCCAAGAUCCUCUCAAGAGGAAACAUGUCCUCUCAUAAAGGGCUGAACGGAGCAUGCUCUGUGCAUGAGUACACUGGAUCAUUCGUAGGACAGUGUGUCCACUUCAAAAUGACAUCUGUGUGUGGUCAUGUGAUGACUCUGGAUUUCAUAGGAAAAUAUAACAAUUGGGACAAAGUGGAUCCAGCAGAACUUUUUAGCAAAGCCCCUACAGAAAAGAAAGAAGCUAACCCCAAAUUGACUAUGGUGAAAUUUUUACAGGUGGAAGGAAGAGGCUGUGACUACAUUGUUUUAUGGUUGGAUUGUGAUAAGGAGGGGGAAAACAUCUGUUUUGAGGUUCUUGAUGCUGUUCUUCCUGUUAUGAAUAAACCUCGUGGCACUGAAAAGACAGUUUACAGAGCAAAGUUCAGUUCCAUUACUGACACAGACAUCUGUAAUGCUAUGAACUGCCUGGGAGAACCCAAUCGUAAUGAGGCUCUGUCAGUGGACGCCCGUCAGGAGCUGGAUCUGAGAAUUGGCUGCGCAUUUACAAGGUUUCAGACUAAAUAUUUUCAGGGGAAAUAUGGCAAUUUAGACAGUUCACUCAUCUCCUUUGGGCCAUGUCAGACCCCGACACUUGGAUUCUGUGUAGAAAGACAUGAUAAAAUCCAGUCUUUCAAACCUGAAACUUAUUGGGUGCUGCAAGCCAAGGUGAACCAUGAAAAAGAAAGUUCUCUCACUUUGGAGUGGGAUAGAGUGAGGGUGUUCGAUCGGGAGAUUGCUCAAAUGUUCCUAAACAUAACAAAGAUGGCAAGAGAAGCAAAGGUAGAAUCUGUGAGUAAGAAGGAGAAAGCAAAGCAGAGACCACUGGCGCUGAACACGGUGGAAAUGUUACGAGUUGCCAGCGCUGCUUUGGGAAUGGGUCCACAACAUACUAUGCAAAUAGCAGAACGACUUUAUACUCAGGGUUAUAUUAGCUACCCUCGAACUGAAACAACCCACUAUCCAGAAAACUUUGACUUGAAAGAAUCUUUGAGACAGCAGACUAAUAACCCUUACUGGGCAGAAACAGUAAAGGCAUUGCUGUCAGAAGGUGUUAAUCGUCCAAGGAAAGGUCAUGAUGCAGGGGACCAUCCUCCAAUUACUCCAAUGAGAGCUGCAACAGAAGCAGAACUAGGCGGUGAUGGAUGGCGAUUAUAUGAAUAUAUCACUAGACAUUUCAUUGCCACUCUCUGCGCUGAUUGCAAAUAUCUCCAAACCACCAUUUCUUGUAUUAUUGGUCCUGAACAUUUUACCUGUGUAGGAAAGAUGGUUAUUUCACCAGGGUUCACCGAGAUUAUGCCCUGGCAAAGCAUCCCGUUAGAGGAGAGCCUCCCCAACUGUGAGAAGGGAGAUGUUUUCCCAGUCAGUGAAGUAAAACUGCUGGAGAAACAAACAAAUCCUCCCGAUUACCUGACUGAAGCAGAACUCAUCACACUGAUGGAAAAACAUGGCAUUGGAACUGAUGCAAGUAUCCCAGUUCACAUUAACAACAUCUGCCAGCGGAACUACGUCACAGUGGAGAGCGGUCGCAGAUUGAAACCUACAAACCUUGGCAUUGUUCUGGUUCAUGGUUACUACAAAAUAGAUGCAGAGCUGGUGCUUCCUACAAUCCGCAGUGCAGUAGAGAAGCAACUCAACUUGAUAGCUCAAGGCAAAGCAAACUAUCAGCAGGUUCUGGAGCACACCCUUGAUAUCUUCAAAAGGAAGUUUCACUACUUUGUUGAUUCUAUUGCAGGUAUGGAUGAAUUGAUGGAAGUGUCUUUUUCACCAUUAGCUGCCACAGGCAAACCUCUUUCUCGCUGUGGCAAAUGCCAUCGUUUUAUGAAGUACAUCCAGGCCAAGCCAAGCCGUCUGCACUGUUCUCACUGUGAUGAAACAUACAGCCUUCCCCAGAAUGGUACCAUCAAACUCUACAAAGAGCUGCGUUGCCCCCUGGAUGACUUUGAGCUGGUGCUAUGGUCUUCCGGAUCCAGAGGAAAGAGCUACCCACUGUGUCCAUACUGUUACAACCAUCCACCCUUCAGGGACAUGAAGAAAGGGAUGGGCUGUAACGAGUGUACCCACCCAACAUGCCAGCACUCGCUUAGCAUGCUUGGAAUCGGGCAGUGUGUGGAAUGCGAGAACGGGGUUCUGGUUCUAGACCCAACGUCAGGUCCCAAGUGGAAGAUGGCCUGCAACAAAUGCAAUGUGAUUGUGCACUUCUUUGAGAAUGCCCACAAAGUGCGAGUGUCGCCAGAGACCUGCGAGUCAUGUGAUGCGGCCCUUGUGGAUGUGGAUUUUAAUAAAGCUAAGUCUCCCCUCCCUGGUGAUGAGACACAGCAUUCAGGCUGUGUCUUCUGUGACCCUGUGUUCCAGGACCUGGUGGAGCUUAAGCACGCUGCCACGAGGCACCCUAUGCAUCGUGGAGGACAGGGGAAAAGGCAGGGUCGAGGAAGAGGAAAGGGCAGGAGACCGAACCCAAAGAGACCCAAGGACAAAAUGGCAGCUCUGGCUGCAUACUUUGUAUAA